CAAUUAUCUGCAUAUAAAACCAUAUGUAAUGGAAUACAACAUAUGGAUAGCGGUAGACGGUAUAUGCGGCUAGGGGAUGUAGUGUAAUUAGAAAGGCGUUAGCAGCAAUGUUAAUUGGGUAUAUCGUUUGGAGCAUUUCCAACUACUUGCACACCGGCUUGGUCUACUUUGUGGUUGUUUGAUCAUGCUAUGCUCAAAUAGGGGCGUACCGGAGCCGAUUGUGCUUGUGCUAGCAGUGCAGGUGAUACAUAUCAGUGAGAUUGUUCAGCAAGUAUGACCUAUGCCACUUUUGAAUAAUCUGAGAUAAGCUCUAGAAGAUAGCGAUAUAAAUGAGAGAUACCAAGUGCAUUCUUGUUGCACAACGUAUAUACUUUUAUGUCUCUUUUGACAAGUACUCCAUAUUUCUAAUGGCAAUACCUAAUAGCACCGAGCGCAUGUUCUUCGCCAACAGUUAUUCAGUCUGGUACUGCAAAAAGUGCGGUGCGCAGUAUAGACUCAAGCAAGACUGUCUCGACCACAUUGCUCAGUGUAAUGCAGGGAAACGAUAGACUACCACAGGCUUGCUCCAGCCAAUACAUAUAUGUAACCAUCAUCAUGAAGAAGAUAUGUUAGACGGUAGCAUAGCUCGAUAGCUAUCUCCUACA